AUGAAGAGGAAAUUCAAUUCCCAGUCGUCUUCAGGAAGCAACACCCGCCCUCGCUUUGCUCCACAGCAAGGGACGCCGUUCCGCGCAGGGGGCCCGAGUGGGAAUUUUGGGCAGCAGUCAUUCCCGCGCCCUGCUCAGCAGUCAUUCCAGCGCCCCAGCCCUCAGUUCCAGCGUCCAGGGAUGCAGACUCCGCGCCCCGGCUUUACGCAGAACCGCCAGAUGACCCCUACUGGCACUCCAGCAAGGCCCAAUGCUCCAGUGGGUCCUACUUGCUUCAAGUGUGGCGAGGUUGGUCAUUAUGCCAGCUCUUGUCCUAAGAGAGGUGGACCAGCUACCCCCGUGCAGAACAGCAGUGCUCCUCGGCAGAAUCAGAUGCAGCAACCGAGGAACGGGAACCAGACCCCACAAGGCAAUCAGGGGCAGCAAAGCUUUGUUCGUGGCAAGGUGAACCACAUGGAAGCCGAGACUGCUAAAGAGGCUCCAGAUGUAGUGCUCGUGUGCCAAGAGGACAGUUCUGCUCACAGGUCCUGA